AUGGGCGCGCGGAGACGGCGCGAGGCAGCGCGGCCGGCUAGGCGGCGAGCUGGCCACGGAGCGAGCAGGAGCCAGUCGGGCCCGCCGCAGUCGGCGCGGGAGGAGCCGGAUGCUCAGGGCCGGCUGGGCGAGGAGGCGGAGCGGCGCUUGGAGGCGGCCGGAGCCCGCAGGGCGACGGGGAGCCACCUGGCGCGGGCCGGGACGAGGCAGAAGGCGGGGAGGCGGCCGGCGCGGGGCCGCCACUCGGCGGGCGCGGAGACCGGGCACUGCGGCGGCCGGAACGGGACCAGGCCACCCGUGCAGGGGCCAAGGGAGGCCGGACGCGGCCGGACCGGGGCGGAGGAGGCCCGGCAGCAGGGGCCGCGGGCGCGCGAGAGCGAGGCCGGGUGGGCGUGGCCUGGGCCGGUCGAGGUCGAGGCGGGAUGGCGCAGGAGGAGGCGACCUGGCAGGGGCCUGGAGCCGGCAGGCAGGCGGCUCGGGAGUCGGACGCGGAGGACCCGGGGAGCCGGCGGCCCGGGGUGUCGCGGGAGGCCGGCCACGGAGGCGGCUGGGCGGCGCAGGCGGAGCCGGCCUGCCGGGACGGGCGAGCGCGAGCCGGCGCGGAGAGGCCAGAAGCGGGGCCAAGCGGCGCCAGCGAAGCCGGCGGGCCGGGUUGCGGGGAAGCCGGCGCAAGCGAAGCCGGCGGGCCGGGUCACAGGGAAGCCGGGCGCGGGAGUCGGUGGCCAGGUCGGAGCAGGCCGGGCGCGGGAGUCGGCCAGCUGGGCGCAGCGACCCAGCGGGAAGGCCGGACGCGGCGCAGGCCGAGCCGGCACGGGGCCGGGUUGCUGGGAAGCCUGCAGGCGCCGAGCCGGCGCGCAGGGCGAGGCGAGGCCGGCGCGGGAGCCAGCUAGCCGGGUUGCGGGAAGCCAGCGCGGGCGGAGCCGGACAGACAGGCGCGUCCGGGCACGGGCGGAGGAGACUCGGCAGGGGCGGAGCCGGCGGUCGACGCAGGAGGCCGGCGCAGCACCGUUGCAGGGUAGACGGCGGAGGCGGCGAGCAGGCAAGAGCCGGCCUGGGCCAGCGGGUGGUGGCGAGACGGCGACCCGGCCAGGCGGGUGA